UCAAGAUACAGUAAAAUAGCAGGAGAUUCUUCGCCCCUCCCUUUCAAGUACUGGAAGCGAUACUUUGAUAGUAUCGGUUAUCUUUCGCAUGAGGAUCAAGGUUAACCCAUAAGACUCUCAGAGUCCAAGCAUGAGCCAGGGGAGUGGUGCUUGUUUGUGGAUUCCAGUGUCUCAGUACUGCCCUGCACCAUGUGAUCGAUUCAAGCAUGCUUCUUGUGCCCACAGAGGACAUGUGUACUUACUAGGUGGCAGAGAAAAAUGCUCACUGAGAGAUUUCUGGAAAUAUAAUGUGGUGUGUAAUGAGUGGGUCAAGCUUCCAUGUAGUAAUAGUGAAGAGGCACCUGAAGAACUGGAGGGACAUACCAUGGUAGCAUAUCAGGGAUUUAUCUAUGUCUUUGGAGGAAUGCAAGAUUCUGCAUAUUCUGCCCGAAAAAUGCCUCUUUGGGUGUUUGAUACAGUUAAAGAGCACUGGAUUAACUGGGAAACAGGGAAUGAAACUGUACAGGAAGUGACACCAGCAAACAGAAAGGGGCACAGUGCAGUCACCUUUGGGUCAUCUAUGUAUGUCUUUGGUGGAUACAUUGAUAUAAGAGGAUCAACAAAGGAAUUCUGGAAAUAUGAUUUUGAUUCCAGGGUGUGGUCGCUAAUAAGCAAUGUUCAAGGUGGUCCUGGUCCCAGACAUGGUCACUCAGCAAUGACACACCAGGAUUGCAUGUACCUCUAUGGUGGCCUGCAAGGCUUGAGAGAACAGAAGGACCUGUGGAGAUGGAGUUCUGCUAGUCAAAACUGGAGCUGCAUAAAGUUCCAUUCAGGUCCAUCAAAGUUGGUUGGCCACUCUGCUGUGCCAUAUAAAGAUAGCAUGCUCAUCUUUGGUGGAGGAGAAACCCAGGGUACCCCUCAGAACAGCUUAUGGAGUUUCAACCUGAAAACAAAUAUCUGGAAGAAGCUGCCAUUGUUGCAUGAAUCCACCUCCCCAUGCCGGAUCUAUCACUGCAGCAUUGGCCUAGGCCUCAGUUUCCAGCCCACAGCACCAAACAGCAUCCUCUGCAAGGAAAUACCCAACUCUCACAACAUCACUAACAAGCUGAGACCCUUUAAGAACAAGUGCUUACCGUCCCACUCCACGUUACAAGACAACUGUAUUGAGCUCCAGACUCUCCGAGCGGAUGAUAGGAUGUUUUUACCAGAUAUUAGUUUUGCACUAAAAGAAGCAAAGCCUAAAGGGAGCUGUCUAACCUUUGAGGACCAGGAAGCUGUUAGUGAGAAGUGGAAAAGUGGUGACAUGGCAGAGGAAACCGACGACACCAUGUUUCUCCAUAUGCCUGACUUGCUUUUAGUCCUGGGGGGUAAACCUUUACAAGGACAGCAUGUUAUUUCAGUGUGGCAUAUGACAGUGGCAUGAAUCUGAAAGAAUAGGGCUAUGUUUUUUCAAAGUAUCACACUUUCUCUGUGAGAAAUGAAAGGGCCUUCACAACAAUACCCACAUCCUGUGGCAGAAUGGUUAUGUUAAAAUUGAAUUCAGCUUUGUGCAAUCUCUGUACAGUGUCUGUAAUUAAACUGUAUUUUUAUACACAUAAAUAAAAAUAAAUAAAACUCAUACAGGAAAUUUAAUUUUUAAUUG